AUGUACGACCCUUUCAACGAUUAUUUCGGACUUAGUGGAUUGUUGUCCAAUUGCAGAAUAAAUGAUGACUUUAUCUCGACACCGUUUCACCACAACGAUGAUUUCAAUUCCAACGGCGUCAACGUCCCCGUGAUGUCCCGAUCGAGUUCGUCUAUCAGUGACAUGAACAACAAUAUGGUCUCUGGUCUGCCCGUCUCGACGAGCCAGUCAUCGACUACUGCUUCGACCGGGUUCAUGCCGUUACAGUUGCCGCUGAACAUCGCUGAGAUCACCGAGCUCUCCAAGGUGAUGAGGGGAGGAAGGCGAGCCAACAACGGCAGAGGUGGUGCUACGGGUGUCGGAGGCCGUCCGCCGAGCUGGUGCGUUUUUUGCAAGAACAACGGAGAGAGCGAGAUGGUGUAUGCUAGCCACAAAUUGAAAUCGGAGGAAGGCAUCACAACCUGCCCGAUACUAAGGGCGUACACCUGUCCAUUAUGCGGGACCAACGGCGACCGAGCACACACAAUAAAAUACUGCCCUGUCAACAAGUACAAAGACGAAGUAGUAGGAUCGAGCUCCGGCCCAGGGACCAUCGGAUCCCAGUAUCGAACGCCACGGACAUCGACCGGACGUCGUCGUACUUCAAGUUUCAGCCUGAGCUCAGGCGGAAGUUCGUCUUCAUACAUCGGGGGAAACAUGGUACCGGGAAACAUCGCCUGA